AUGGCACUUACAGCGGACAAAGUUCUCCUCCACGGAUACUGCUGGGGCAAUGCCCUCUGGUAUGGCUCAAGAGGACUCUGCCGUGUUUGGGACCCUCUGAUGGUCAUUGGCUUAGAAAAACACCUGAAGCCUACCGACCUCGAGUUGUACAACGUACGCACCGAUGGCUGGGGCCUCAUCUCCCAAGCUGCUGCCCUGGCUGUCCUCUCCCGUGGCUACUCCAAGGGCGGCAUUAGCAGAACCUACUCGAGCGCCUUCAUCGCCGUCUCCAUCUUCCACCACAUCACAACCAUGUUUGGCGCCUGGCAACACUACAAGCUGGACAGUCACUACACCAAGGCCAUGUCGAUCGGUGUCUGGGUCAACGCCUUCUUGACAGCAGUUGGUGGUGUCGUCUUGGGAGGCCUCAACAACGAUUCUAUCGCUAGAACCAAGCUUGCAUAG